AUGUUAGCUUCUUCCAAUACUUAUGCCAAAAAUCAUGACCGCCGACUGCCUGGUUGCUGCUUGAUCAUUGCCAUGGGUCGCCCGAAACGCAACGUCCUCGCCGCCGCAGAGGAGGCCCUCACGCCUCCCGAUGAGCUGAAGCCGAACCAGACGGUCGUGCGGGUCGUCAAACCCCAGGGCAACAAUCUCUACGCCUGCGAACUGCCCAGCAAGAAGCCCGUCAUCCUCGAGCUUGCCCAGCGCUUCCGCAACACGAUAUGGAUAAAGCGUGGCGGUUUUGCUCUCGCCGAGAGGUACGAUGACGGUUCGGAGGAUACGCGCGCUGCCGGGGAGAUUGUCAACAUUGUCCGCGACGAGAAGCUGUGGAGGAAGCAGGCUUACUGGCCGAAAGAGUUCACGAGGAACACAUACGACCUCGACGACUCCGAGGACGAAUCCAACGUCGGCAAGAUGCCGCCGAGCGACUCCGAGGAGGAGUGA